CCCUUACCACCACCAUUGCUUGUUGUCCCCUCACUGCUUGGCACCGACCCCAAAGCACAAGGCACCCCGUGCAAAAACAAAACAAACCCCUUCCGACUCCAACCAACCAGCAACAGCGCAACGCCAUUCGCGUUCCGCGCCAUCGCCAACGUUGGGUUUCUGUUCAACAUCGCACACAGCAACACACCCACCCUCUAGCUUGCUGCUCGCUGCCCAUUUCCUUCCCCCCCCCUCUCCUUCCUGUGCCUCCUGCGCCUUCCCUGGUCUCAGCUUUAUGCGUCAAAGAGGCUAGCGUGCUCACUCGCUUGCGGCAAACGACAAACACCACCGACCCAAGCGUUUCGACGACCACGAGACACAAAGGGCUGAAUCAGUGGCUGUGCUCUCCUUUCACACACGCAGAUUGGUGGCUUGAAACACUGGGCACCCUGCAGCACGAGCUGCAGUGUCGCUGCACCACUUGCACCGCAAAACGACCACCAGCACCCACCGCUCAGCGCCUGCGACUAUGGCGGUGAGAGUCGGUUCUGUCACCCCGCCAGCGCACAAGCACGCCAGGCAACACCACCAGCAAACCUCCCAGACCAACCACCGCUUCCACAACCACCAACACAGCAAAAGAAGAAGAAGACGACAGCAGUCGCCUUGGCGAGCCACGGCGAGCGUGGCGUUUGCAGUUGUCCUGCUGCUUGUAUGCCAGUCCUGCUGCGUCACGGGCGGCCUGCGCCUCGUCAUGCUGAGCCCGGAUGAUGAGGACGGCGGCGGCGCGGCGGACAAACGAGGCAUCAUCAACGACAGCACCAACGUGAACCCAAACGAUGCACGGGAGCAGGCAUGCGACUUGCAGUGCCGCAAUGGCGGCAAAUGCGUUGUCGACGCAUCCACCGUCGGCGGUGGAACAAGAAUAGAGCCGAAACAGACGUGUCAAUGCCUCGAGGGCUACCACGGCAGCCGCUGUGAACUCUUCAAUGUGUUGCAGGAGGAUUUUCACGUCGGCCCGCAAGGCUAUCUCAACGGCUUGUAUCAGGAGUGCGUGAGUGGCUGGUCUGUCAGCAUCAUCCGCAGCAUGGGCGGAUUUUCCUUGCCCACCAUCGGCGCAACCGGUCGCGCCUCUUCCUACAGGCCAGACGCCACAUUCCUCCAAGUGUCUGGCGUGUAUGAAGCCGCCUGGGUGUCGCCCCAUUUGGACAUGACUUACUUGCACGAUGCGAAGGUGUCUGUGGACGUGGAGGCCAAUUCGUUCUUCAUCACGCACCGCAGCCGCGUCGCCAUCAAGUACGCGAGCGAUGUGCUUCCAAGCUCCGCGCCGCUCGACGCAUGGCUUACAGCGCAGACUUCCGUCAGCUCCCAGCCAACAGCGGACGGGCUGUUUCGCGUGGACGCCACAAUCCCUGCGACAGCAACGCACGUGGCGGUGGUGAUUUCGCUCCAGGACCAGGCCUCGUUCAUGCGUGUGCGCACAGUCACUGUCUCGGGGGAGAGGAAGGAUAGCAUGGUCUGGCUCGAAACGUUCGAAGGGCUGGAAGGCGUCGGUGUGUCCGGCACCACGUACAUGUUUCCGCCGUCCUGGUACAACGGACCACAUCUCCGCUGGUUCAUCGCUCCAGAAUCAAAACCAUACACGGCGCUCCCCCUCUCCUACAUGCUCGUGCGUCAAACACACGCGCGCAGCACAAACGCAGACGUCACUGCACAGAUACCACUGGCCAUGGAGACGGCUGCCCUGCCGACUGCAAUGUCGUGGACGACGGACAAAAUUGACAUUUCCGCGUAUUCGUCUGCGCGCGUGUCGCUUUGGGCGGAAUCGGAUCGUUUCUCCAUUGAAGCAACAGACUUCAUCUCUGUUGCUGUCUGGACGCCCGAAUCGAAUCAGUGGCAGCCGAUUGCGCACAUCACAGGCACAAACUCCGACUACAACGAAUACUCCUGCCUCAACUACUGCAAGGGCACGUGCCUCUGCAAUCGUUUGACGAUCACUUCCCCGCCCAUCUCCGGGUCAUCGCUGCGGAUUCAAGUGAUUGUCAGCGCGGGAGAUAUCGACGACGUCAUUCGCUUUGGGCAGGUCAUGGUGUCUGCCGUGCCAGCCGACCAUCCACGCCCGCCGCCACAAUCAACAUCGUCAUCAUCAUCACCAGCAUCAUCUUCAUCACCAGCAUCGUCAUCAUCGUCGUCAUCAUCAUCAUCAUCAUCAUCAGCGUCCCAGCAGUCAACAGUGUCCACAACAUCAACAUCGCCAGCGGCCGCGUCUUCGCCGACUGAUGGAGGCAAGCACCCAUCAACGACCGUCACGUCCACGAACGCCAACAAGCAGAGCAGCAGCAGUGCCAGUGUCAUUAUCUCUUCCACUGCCACCCAAGUCAUGGGUUCAACGACGACAACGCCACACGCGAUCGUGCAUUCAUCUUCGUCGUUGGCAUCAACAACGCCCACCGCCGGGCCAUCACCAACCACUGCAGCAACGAUGAAGGUCACAGCAACGACUGCAACAGCCGCCACAACCAUGACACCACCAACCAUACCCACAACGACGACAGCGACAACGACCACGCCAGUUGACGCAGCCUUCACACCAGUUGUGGUCGUGUUCCCUGGUGGUCGGGCCAUGCUGGAAGCAGCAACGGGCGCACACAUCGCCAACACCGCGUUUGUGGACCCAACUAGCGAGGAUGCUGGCAGUGGUGGCGAGCCGCGUCAUGGUGGCGCGCUCGCCAUGUUUGCCGCGGCGGUUGAAGUGCACCUGGAAGCGGCUGGAUUUUCCAUCCCAAGUGAUUUGCACGUGCACCGCGUUGAUGGCGACGAGGCGCUCACCACCACCAUCUGGUGCAGCGCUAACAGCAGCAGUGCCAGUCAUGGCGGUGGCAGCAGCAGCAGUUUCAGCAGCAGUACCAAUGGUAAUGUCAGUGGCGAUUCCAGCAGGCCAGUUGCGGAGCGCGUGCAAGCGCUGCGCGACAAGGGACAGCUGCGUGUUGUCGUUUACGGCAUGGAUUUCGUUGGCGAGGCACCACCACCAUCACCGCCACCACCCCUGUCCACGAAAUCAGCGUCUGUUGCCUCGUCAGGCUCCACCACCACCACAGGGGUCCCCACGACAGGGACACACAUGCCGCAUACUACCACCGCCCACACCAGCACCGACACAGCGCCAGCAGCAUCCACCGUCUCGACAACCACGCAUCGACAUGCCACAAACGGGGGCGGCGGCGGUUCACAGCCAACUGGCAGCGGCAGCAGCAGCACGAGCAGUCACCCUCCACCUGGCGUUGGUGAUACUCACACCACCGCCACUCAAGUCUCCUCACACCCAUCAAGAGACACGACUCCAAGCAGCGGACUACCGCCCGGUGUCAUUGCCGCCGCUGCUAUGGUUGUGAUCUUUGUGCUUGGUCUUGCUGGCCUCUUCAUGUACGACAAGUUCCUCAAGCGGGCGCGUAUGCGCAUGGUGGUGCACUUGAUCGACGACCAACACAACAACGUGUUCAUUGGCGACAACAACAACAACAACAAUGACAACAACGACGACAACGGUGCUGCUGGACUGCCUGCAAUUCCUGAAGAGGAAGUGCGAGCGUUUGACCAUCCCGAUUUCGAUGAAGACAUUGAUGGUGGUGACGACGAUGACUAUGUCCAUGAUCACCAUUAUCACCAUGAGGUUGAUGCUGCUGACGAUGAUGUUGUUGUUGACGCUGGCGUCGGUGAUAGUGCGAAGGCCAGCGAUGGCGGUGCUGCUGACAAUGGUGCCCGUGGCAGCGAUGGGCGCAACAAAGCGCAACACGUAGUGGUGCCCGUGAGCACCAGUGAGCUGUCGUUGCACACGUCGCACGACGAUGACGAUGAUGAGGACGAUGAGGGCGCGCGUGGUAGUGAUCAUGGUAGAUGUGCCAGUGACCACGCCAAAGGUGCAUGCGUGGACUUUACCGGUGUGUACGAUGAGGUCGAAUACACGUAUCCAAGCGAUGCCCAUACCUCUCGCGUGCGCCGCUACACCCACGACACGACAACAGCAACACCUACACCAACACCUACACCAACUGCAGCAACAGGACACCCGCGCAGCGUCCGCUCGCUUCGUACCGGCGCUGGCGCCAACUCGAGCCAUGCGUGAUGCAAUCACAAACUCUGGAGUGCUUUCAUGGGUAGCCAGUGCUGUUGCACGAACCUCACGGUAUCACAGGCCUUGUCCUGUUCCCUCCUUCGCCUGUAAAUCCUCACACACAUUCAUACACAGGCCUCAUGCUUAGAGUUUGUCCAUACGCCUUUCCUUCCCCUUGCCUUGUUUGGCCUCGUGUAUUUCUUGAUAGCUGCACGAUGUCAGCACUUUUUAAUUGCACCACUGUUGCGCUUGUUAUUGGGACAAUGUUCGCCAUUUCAUGGUUUGUUCUUUUUUGUUUUCUUGUUUGCUUGUGUCAUGGCACGUUGUUCUUUCCGUGCUGUAUGACGUGCAUCGUGCUGUUGUCUUUCUUCUUGAUACGUGUUCUAUUCGCUCUUACAUGCACGCAUGCGUCGUUGCCCGCGCCCUUCUUGACUUUGUCGCAUUAAUACGUUGCUUUCUUCCCAGCUACAGUCUGCUUAUGCAGAUGCUUGCAGUCUUGUUUUCGCUGAUCAGUGCGAUGUGUGACUGGCAUGUGUCCUUCCACGUCACCGAUGCCGAUUUUCACUGGCAUUCAUCGCUCUGGAACGAAUCGAAUGCAGUGAACUGUAGCUUACUUGCUCCUGCCCUGUUCACACAAGCCAUGCCUUGCGCCGCGGUGUUGUUAGCGUUGUCCUUGGCCACGUCUCCUUCUCUCUCUCGUGUCAUGCGCUCUGAGCGACUGCUGUUAUCCCCGUUCCCGUGCUCGCUUCGAUUGAACAAUUGACUUGGA